UCACAAUGGGGCUGCCCCUGAGCCCGGCGGCCGACUCUGCCCGCUCGGCGCGACACGCUCUCUCGCUCAUCGCCACGGCCAGACCACCCGCCUUCAUCACCACCAUCGCCAAGGAGGUGCACAGACACACCGCCCUGGCUGCGAACACGCAGUCUCAGCAGAAUAUCCACACCACCACCCUUGCUCGGCUAAAGGAGAGAUCUUACGAGUCAUUGAAAUACUUAUUGAGAAGAUGCCUACCGACGUCGUGGACCUUCUGGUGGAGGUGA